CGUGUAAAAGAGAGACUCUACUCUUCGCUUCCUCCGUCCGAGUUGGACUCGUCUUCCUUCCACCUCACUAUCCACAGCACACCGGACCUAAUGGGGUCCAGCGAUGAAGGUACUCCUGCAAAGCCUUCAAAGCCUACUUCAGCCCAGGAGGCACCACCAGCCGUUCCUUCAUAUCCUGAGUGGGCAAACCAUAUGCAGGCUUAUUAUGGCGCUGGAGCUACACCUCCUUUCUUUGCAUCAGCUGUUGCUUCUCCUACGCCCCAUCCCUAUUUGUGGGGAAGCCAGCAUCCUCUAAUGCCACCUUAUGGGACUCCAAUUCCAUAUCCAGCUUUAUAUCAUCCGGGCGGAGUCUAUGCCCAUCCUAACAUGGCAAUGGCUCCAAGUACAUCACAAGUGAAUGUAGAGUCAGAUGCAAAGGCCUCUGAGGGGAAGGGGCAUACUUCUGUAAAAAAAUCAAAGGGAAGUUCUAGUGGAAAAAAAACUGCUUCUAGCUCAGGAAAUGAUGGUGCAACCCAGAGCUCUGAAAGCGGAAGUGAUGGUUCAUCAGAUGCAAAUGAUGAAAACAAUGAUCAGGAAUUUCCUGCAUCCAAGAAAGGAAGCUUCGACCAGAUGCUUGCAAAUGGGAAUCCGGCCAUCUCUUUACCUGCAACUAACCUAAAUAUCGGGAUGGACUUAUGGAAUAUGUCUUCAGCUGGUCCUGGAUCAAUUAAAAUGCAGCCGAAUCCGACCCGAGUCUCACCCACUGGACGUGAAGGAAUGAUGCCUGAACAAUGGAUACAGGAUGAACGAGAACUAAAAAGACAAAAAAGGAAACAGUCUAAUCGCGAGUCUGCUAGGAGAUCGAGACUACGUAAGCAGGAAGAGUUGAACAGUUUGUACGGACCACAUGUCAUACCCAAGCCAGAUUGUAAUGGUUUUACAGAUCAUCAUGAGCAAGCAAGGGAUGAUGAAGGUAGUAGUGGUUAAAGAUGGCCUAUUGCACAGUAGUAAGAUUACCACAUGAUAAAAUAAGACCUUGGCUAAGGGCACCUCAUAUUUUCACCCUGCCUUUCACCUCACCUUCUCAAAGACAUUUACAGACACCUAUUACUAUUCAAUGUCUAUAGAUAUCUGUGAUAAGGUUGGGGUGAAAAGCGGUGUAAGAGUUGGGAUGAUUUUAGGAUUUACCGUUGAAAUAUGUUCCGACAUCCCGGGGAGCACGUGUCCCGAGAGUCGUUUUUCUUUUUAGGGUUUUAAAAAAGAAAAAGAAAGUGAGGGUCAUUAUUAUCUGCUGUCCCUAGUGAUUAAAAUUAAUCACUUAUACAAAACCUCAAAUUACAUUUGGUGUACUACUGUGCACACAUCUGGUUCAAAUGUUUAAGAUUUCAUGUUGUUGUAAAAUUGACAGUGAUAGUGCUAAUAAUCAUUGCUGACUGAAGGAAUUCAUUGG